UGGAGCCACUCCCUGAAACCCUCCGGGACCGCUCCUAGCCCCUCGCCUCGGCACGUUUUAUCUACCCCGCCAGAGCAGCUUACCCCGGACUUCACUCUUCCGCACUAUCAUCAUCAUCGAGCCAAGUGAAGCAGCACAUCAUGUCCGAGAAAGUAGGAAGACGGCUGAAGAGGCCUGCUCUCUUUAUAUGCGACAUCCAGGAGAAGUUCCGACCUGCAGUUUGGGAAUAUGAGAAGAUAAUCCUCACGACUCAGAAGAUGAUCAAGGCGGCCUCCAUCCUUAACAUCCCCAUCUACGCCACGACGCAGAACCGCGCACGACUCGGGCCCACAUGCGCAGAGCUCGAGAUCCCCAACGCUGUUGAACACGCCGACAAGACGGCCUUCAGCAUGUGGAUCCCCGCGAUCGCGCAGCACUUCUCGUCGGCGGCGCCGGCUGAGAUCGUGCUCGUGGGCAUCGAGAGCCAUAUCUGCGUCACGCAGACGACGCUGGAUCUGCUGGCGAACGGGCACAAGGUCUACGUCUUGGCGGAUGGGGUCAGUUCGUGCAACCCGCAAGAGAUCCCGAUUGCGUUGGCGCGGCUCCGGGCGGCGGGCGCGGUGGUCACGACGAGCGAGAGCUUCUUGUAUGAGUUGAUGGGCGAUGCAGCGAUCCCGGAAUUCCGGGCCGUGGCGGGGUUGGUGAAGGAGUCGAGCAAGGAUACGAAGGAGGUUCUGCAUACGUUGUUGAGUAAGAUGUAGGAUGGGAUGAGGGUGGUGCCUCGACUUGGGCGCGAAGAUGCAGCGCGCGACGAGAGGGUUGACGAGGAUGGGAUCAUACUCGGUAGUUGAUCGCAUUUCAUGGUCCUUUACCGGCGCGAACAAACCUUGAACGGUGCCUAGAAAGUCAAGCAGUAAUACCUACGUCAUGAAUAGAUAUGGCAACUUGUUCAUUUCCA